CACAGCACUUUCUUACGACGGACUGGCAUCAAUGAGUUAUAAAAUCGGUGGCCGCGGCCGAAUCGUUUGUCGACGGAGUCCAAUUUUCUAGCACCCCUUUUUCCCUCGGUAGCACUUCCUCCCUUUCCUCCCACAAUCCUCGUAAGUCGUAACAGACCCCUGAACAUAGAUUUGCUUGCUGUCGCUCACGGAUCCUGUAUACACCCACCACCAGGGCCCCCGCUGCCAGACAUUGUACUGUAGCGCAGCGGCAGCCAUGAAGUUCGAAACCGUCUUCGCGGCAGGGGCCUGGCUCGCGUGCACGGCGACAGCCAUCGGGCCGGCGUCGCCCAAGUCGCCGCCACGCCUCAAGGGCCACCCGGCCAAGAUGGACAACUGGCGCUGGCCCAACCCGUUCGCGCACCAAGAGAAGCAACAACAACAACAAGAAAAGAAAUUCGCCGCGGCCUGCGACGUCGAGCGCACCUUCGCGGCGCGGGAAUUUCUGCUCGACGACCUCGCCGAGAACCCGCCCGCGGGCCUGCUGCCGUACCGCGACGCGCUGCGGGACGUCUUCUCGGCGCGCGAGUACCCGGGCAGCUGGGACGGCAUCGACCCGCACGGCUACGACCGCAACCUGCUGGCGAUGCGCUACGCCGACGUGCCGCUCCGGGUGCGCGAGUGGAUCGAGGAGCAGGAGCGGCGCGACGGGCCGGGGAAGGGGCUCUUUGCCGUCUACCAGGUUCCCCUCUCCGGCACCAGGGUGUUGGAUACCGUCAAGGUCCCCGCCGAGACGCCCGUGAGCGAGGAGUGGCGGGCCCGGGACGAGGGGCGCAUCGCUAUCUUUGCGCCGGGGGCGCUGCAUGAGGCGCUGCCGCUUUGGGUGGCCGAGGGGAGUGGCUGCGAGGAAGCGCUCCUCGAUCUCUCUAGGUAUAGCGCCGAGCUGGUCGACGGCGGCGUCGUGGCGUACCCCGUUCACCACAGCCUCCCCAAGCGGUCGCAGAACAUGCGGGAUAUGGAGUUCACGGUCAAGGCUCAGGUGCUGAAGCUGAAGGAGGGUGAGGAUGCCGAGGGUGUGGAGGCAGUUCAGAAGGCCGAGGAGACUCAAAAUGUCGAGGAGGUGCAAGCGGAUGAGAAGGCGAGUUCAUCAAGGGACACCAAUAGUGCCGGCAAGGACGAGCUAUGAGCUGCAUCUUCUUUGGGGUUGGAGGGAAAUGGACCGAGAUGAUGCCGUGGUAUACACCUGUACAAUAUCUACUUAGCGAUAAAUAGUGAGCUGUGACUGCUAAUUGGCUUAUGAUUUCCGUGACAACCCACGCGGAAUGUCCCUCUUCUCCGGGAGACUGCCGUAAUAUGGUGUUCAAA